CACCCCACCCGGAAGCGUUUACUCUGCACGCGGGUCAGGCUGAGGGGCCCGGUAUGGAGCGGCCCGGCGGUCGGAGCUGCUCGGGCCCGGGCCCCACGCCCACGCACGCAGCCCCCGCCUCGGUGAGCCUGGCGCAGCUCCUGCAGCUGGUCCAGCAGGGCCGGGAGCUCCCGGGCGUGGAGAAGCGCCACAUCGCGGCGACCCACGGCGAACCCACGGCGUCCCGGCUCCCGCCGAGGCCCAAGCCCUGGGAGGCCGCGGGCUCGGCAGAGGCCCCCGCGCCGCCGCCCUAGACCCGGGGCCCCAGAUGCCGCCGACCCUCGGGUACCGGUAGAAGAACCGCGUGGAGGGGCCCUGCGCGGCGAAGGCAGGAACUGCGCCUUCCUGAUGGCACGGAGUGGGUUCCUGAGGCUCGAGGUCCUUUGCCUCUUAGACCUGGAAAGCGUGACUGUGUCCUGCAUCAACUCGGACCCCGGAUACUGGCCACCGUCAUUCAUCUUUUGUGCAUUUGCCCCGACGGGUCUCAGCUGGACUUAAGCCUCCUGGGAGCGUCGUCAGGGUUGUCUUGUAUCCGUAUUUCUGGACCCACAGUCCUCAUUAAAAAAAUGUUUCAGUCCUUAUAGAGA